AUGAAAGAACCAGACACCAAGAGGUUUGUCGUUAAUGGCAGCGAGCACAUCAGCACUGUUGGUGGGACUCCUGCUAUUGCUAUUGAAGUGGAUUGGGAGGAGAAGCUCGAUAUGAGCGCCGAUGUACUCAAGACCAUAGAACAAGAAGUGAAAGCUUGGGCACUCGAAAGUGCUGAGGAUAUGGAAAAAUUGGAGGCAUUGGCUACCUAUCGCCGCCGAUUUUUGGGUGAUGUAUCGCACGAGCUGAAGACUCCCAUUUUCAAUAUACAAGGUUUUUUACACACGCUUUUGGAUGGUGCCAUUGACGACCCUGAGGUAAAUAUGAACUAUCUGAUGCGCGCCUCCAAAAAUGUGGAGCGUCUGCAAGCUAUUGUAGAAGAUUUGGAAACCAUCAACAAACUCGAAAGCGGACAGAUGGUUUUGGAUGAAAAUGAAUUUAACCUUAAAAAUCUCGUGGAGGAGGUUUUUCUGGAUUUGGAGAUGCGCGCCAAGGAAAAAUCCGUCACCUUGAAGUUUAAGGAAGGCGCAGCCUCUUCCUACCAAGUGAUCGCCGACAAAGAAAGUAUCCGGCAAGUUUUGCUCAACCUCGUACACAACUCCAUCAAAUAUGGCAAAGAAGGCGGCACCACCAAGGUCAGCUUUUAUGAUAUGGCCAACGCCGUGCUUGUGGAAGUAAGUGACAAUGGCAUUGGUAUCGGAGAAGAUCAUUUGGAUCACGUAUUUGAUCGGUUUUAUCGUAUCGACAAAAGUCGCUCGCGCGAUGCCGGAGGCACCGGACUCGGACUUUCUAUCGUGAAGCAUAUCAUCGAAGCCCAUGACCAAACCAUCACGGUGCGCAGUACAAAAGGCAUGUAUUACAGCUCAGAAAAGGUGAACGAAAUCGUAGCAAAAUACGGUGGAGCAGACCAAAACACAGGCGCUACAGCAGCGCAAAUCGCAUUGAUGACUUAUCGUAUUGAGAGUUUGUCAUCACAUCUUCGCACUUUCAAGAAAGACCACAGCUCACGCCGUGCGCUUCUUGCUCUUGUAGGUUUGGCAGCUUCAGCAGCUAUUGCAGUGAGCGAUAUUCCUGUAGAAGCAUUGUUCUCUGAAGUGCGCGUGGCGCGUAUCAACGGACAAUUUGUGGUCAACCCUACGCGUAAAGCUUUAGAAAAAGCGGAUAUGGACUUUAUUGUGGCUGCCACCAUGCGCGAUGUCACUAUGGUAGAAGGAGAAGCAAACGAGUGCCAAGAGCACGAAAUGGUGGAAGCUAUCAAGAUAGCGCACGAAGCCAUAAAAGUACAGAUUGCAGCGCAAGCGAAACUUGCCGAACUUGUAGGCGACAAAGCCAUCAAGAGAGCCGUAACUCCUUUGCCGGAGCACGAAGAAUUGAAGGCGCGCAUCAAAGCUAUUUCUGGCGAUACCAUCAAAGCCAUUGCCUCCAAAACAACCAGUAAAGACGAGCGCAAAUCGGAGCUUGAUGCAGCUAAAAAAGCUUGUAAAGAGCAGUUGGCUACCGAAUACGACGAGGCUUUCUUCGCAGAAUGGGGCGAAACUUUUGGCCGUUAUUUCGAUAAAAUCAAGAAAGAUAUUAUCAGAAAUGUGGUGCUCGAUACCGGUACCCGCCUAGACGGACGUAAAGUGAACCAAAUAAGACCUAUUUGGACGGAAGUAGAUUACCUGCCUGCUGCACAUGGCUCAGCCAUUUUUACGCGCGGUGAAACGCAAUCGCUCACUACGCUUACCUUGGGUACCAAGCAAGACCAGAUGUUGGUGGAUACUGCUAUGGCUUACUACGAUGAAAAAUUCAUUUUGCACUAUAAUUUCCCUUCUUUCUCUACGGGCGAAGUGAAACCUUCAAGGGGUCCGGGUCGGCGUGAGAUCGGUCACGCCAACUUGGCAGCCCGCUCGCUUCGCAAAAUGCUUCCUAAAGAUGGUUUUGAAUACACUAUUCGAGUAGUUUCUGAUAUUUUGGAGAGCAACGGUAGCUCUUCUAUGGCUACGGUUUGUGCAGGUUCUAUGGCAAUGAUGGAUGGUGGUGUGCCGCUAAAGGCACCGGUAGCCGGUAUCGCCAUGGGUUGUAUUGCUGAAGGAGACAAAAUUGCAGUACUUUCUGACAUUCUUGGCGACGAAGAUGCUUUGGGUGAUAUGGACUUCAAACUCACCGGUACCUCAAAAGGUAUCUGUGGUGCUCAGAUGGACAUCAAAAUAGAUGGUAUGCCUUACGAAUUGCUCGAAAAAGCGCUCGCACAGGCACGCGAAGGUCGUAUGCAUAUAUUAGGUUGUAUGGCUGAAACUAUAUCGGUGCCGGCUUCUGAGCUCAAAGAGCACGCUCCACGUAUGGUCGUUCUCCGCAUAGCUGCCGAAUAUAUUGGUGCUGUAAUCGGACCGGGUGGCAAAAUCAUCCAAGAAAUGCAAAAAUCUACCGGAACGGUUAUCUCUAUUGAGGAGGACGAAUUGGGUGGUAAAGUAUCUAUCUACGGACCGGAUAAAGUUUCCAUCGAUGCGGCAAUGGAUCGCGUGAACGAUAUCACUUUCACACCUGAAGUGGGUGGCGAAUAUGAUGGCGUAGUGGAAACCUUGCAGCCUUAUGGUGCUUUCUUGAAGUUUAAAGGCAAAAGCGGUCUUUUGCACGUUUCUGAAAUCAGCUACAAACGCAUCGAAAACGUAGAAGAUGUGCUCAAAGUGGGCGAUACCAUCCGCGUGAAACUCUUAGAUGCCGAUCCAAAAACCGGCAAAUUGCGCCUUUCAGCCAAGGCUUUACUCCCCAAACCGGAAGGUUAUGUGGAGCGCGAAGACCGUGGCGCAGAGCGUAGAGGCGGCGGCGGCGAUCAGCGGAAGCAUGAGCAGGAAAGUCUGCUCAAUAGAUUGGAAAAUGCUAGCAAAACCAAUGGACGGCUUGAGCUUGAACUUGCCAAUGUUACCACUGAGCUCACCAAUACUUCUAAAAUGUUGGGCGAAUCUUCUACAAAACUCUUGGAGGAAAACCGCAAUAUUGCCCAGCAACUUACCCUUAUAAAAAACGACAACGAGAAGAAAAGCAUGGUGCUCAAUAGCAUCAGAGCAGUGCAAGCCAAUGCCCACGAGGCUUUGUACAAUUGCCAACAAGAGUUGUCGGAUGUAAUGUUUGGUUGGCUCAAUAGGGGAGUGACCAUCGAACAAAUGCGCGAUCAUGUGCGCAUCACUUUGCCCGAUCAACUUAUUUUUGACCAAUCCGGCAACAAUGUCAACAUAAAUGGCUCAGCCAUUUUGAGCCUGCUAUCGAAGUAUCUUUUGGAAAAACCAGCCAUACAGGUGAGGGUGGUGGGGCACACUGAUAAUACUUUCCCAACCAAUAGGGCUUUAAAAGACACUUGGGAAUGGAGUAUGCAGAAGUCUAUAGGCAUUAUCCGCACCAUGAUACGCGAUUACAACAUCAACACCAACCAACUUACGCCCAUUGGCCAAGGUGAAUUUCGCCCUAUCGCUUCCAAUGCCGACCCCGAAGUCUGGGCGAGAAGUGCCGUGCUCUAUGAGAUAAAUGUGCGCCAAUUCUCUCCGGAAGGCAAUAUCAAGGCUGUGGAGCAUCAGUUGCCGCGUCUACAGGCGCUUGGCGUAGAUGUGCUUUGGUUGAUGCCUAUUUUUCCAAUCGGCAUGGAAAACCGCAAAGGCAGCCUUGGCAGCCCGUAUGCUGUGCGCGAUUACUUGACCGUUCAUCCCGAUCUAGGCAAUAUCCACGAUUUGAAAAGCCUAGUAGCCCUUGCUCAUGACAUUGGCAUGCGCCUCAUACUCGAUUGGGUACCCAACCAUACCGCGUGGGAUCAUGUGUGGGUGGAGGCUCACCCGGAAUUUUACACCAAAAUUGACGGCAAAAUGACGGUGCCGCUCAACGAACAUGGCGAGCAAAUCCACGAUUGGUCGGAUGUCUGCGACCUCAACUACGCCAACCCGGCGUUGCGCAAAGCCAUGGUAGAAGCUAUGCUUUUUUGGGUGAAAACUUGUGAUAUUGAUGGUUUUCGGGUAGAUAUGAGCGGGCUUGUGCCCAAUGAUUUUUGGGAAGAAGCCCACUCAAAAUUGCAAUCCAUGAAGCCGCUUUUCAUGCUCAGCGAAUGGCAAGACGAACCAAAACACUUCAAUUCCUGUUUUCAUGUCAAUUACGGAUGGCGCUUCAAGGAUGUUACCAAACACAUUGCCCAAGGUGAAGCAGAUGCCGAUGCGCUCGAUGCCUUGCUCCGGUCUUUGCAAGAUUACUAUCCACCACACUAUGAGCAGUUAUAUUUCACCCAAAACCACGAUGAAAACGCAUGGUCGGGCUCCGAAUUGGAGCUAUAUGGCUCCGCUGCCGAUAUCAUGAAUGUACUCGUUUUCACUUGGCAAGUCCUUUUUGGCGCCAUGCCAACUGCAGCGUCCGCGCAAUCGGGCAAAGGAUACGUAAUUCCAAUGAGUGCCUAUGAUUAUUAUGCAACAGAUUCGGUCACAUUCUAUUACAAUUAUUCCUAUGCAUUAAGCACUGCGGUGGAAUGUAUAGCAUCGGAAUCGGCGGAGCGCGAGAAACAGUUGAGUUUGGAGCAAAAGGCUUUGGUAAAUCUGGUAAUGACCCCCGCCGGCAAGAUUGCCGAGACUAUACGUGUGCGCGAAGGCGCCUUCGAUGGCAUGGCGAAGGUGUAUAAUCCCAAUAAUACUUUGUUGUCUGAAGAAAAUGCAGAUAAAGAUAUGACAAUUCGAAUAUCUUAUUCCGAAAAGGGUGCAUCAGAACCAUUUAUCUUGCCAUCCCAAGCCUGCUCACUAGCACUAUCAUCAAAUGCUAUGCCACCCCAACGAUAG